CCAAAUGUCAAGAAAACGGGAGAAUCCUGGAGCAGCCUUCGUCCUCGGAAUACACAGCGCCUAUGGAACCCGAGAACACUCCUUCCUGGCAGACACAGGAGCAGCAGUGAACGUAAUAAAAAAGGAAAGCACAUCCGGACUACCGAACCAUACUGAUUGAAAUAUUGAGGACCGAUGCCAGAAAUUAUGAGGAAACAGAAUUUUUGACGUUACCGAAUUUGCACAUGGAAUAUUUGGGAAAUACAAGAUUCUUUCAUGAGACCUACAACGUGAUUUCAUACUAUAAUUUGGACGAACUCACUUGGGAGGAGAGCGAAAUCACUAAAGGAUUGAAUUUCGUGGAAAAUCUGUGUUCUCAAAAUUGCACAGAAAAGAGAUUGAUUCAACGGCUACGUGAACAAUUAAACAUCAUCCGUAACGAUAAAUACACACUGUUUUCAACCAUCGGCGUACCAACCCUUUAUCGAAAUAAACGUGGUUUGUUUGACUUUGUGGGAAAAAUAAGCAAAAUUUUAUUCGGAACUAUGAGUGCAGAUGACGCGGAGUAUUAUAACAAAGAAAUAGAUGCAGUCCAUAAUGAUAACAAACGAAUCGGGGAAUUAUUCAGAAAUCAGACUCACAUAAUUCAACUCUUUCUUCAAAAAAGUGAAGGGCUUUUUCGUAAAUACAAUGAUACAUUCAAUAAAAUCAAUCUAAAUUUCCAGAAUCUUGGUAAUGAAUUAAAUGAAUUGAUAAAAAGAGACGAGGUAUUAGCAAAGGAUUCUUUGUUAACAGAAAUGUGUUUGGAAAUUGAAUUAGCAUUGAUAGGACUAGAUAGAAAUGUGAGGAUUUUAAUAGAAUCAAUCAUGUUUGCAAAAACUGGUCAGACAAACCCUCAACUAUUAUCGCCGGAAUUAUUAAUGAGUGCUAUUAAAUUAAUAAAAGAGGAAAAGGGAAGCGAUCAGAUGCCCAUCCCCGUUCAUGAUGGCAACUAUUUCGAAUAUUUGGAAGUCAGUGAUGUGGCUAUUAGUGUCAUAGGAUACCGUUUUGUGUAUGUUACAAAAAUACCAAUUCUUGAAGUCGAAAAUUACAAAGCAUUCAGAGUGAUUCCAGCUCCGAAAUUGAUUGGAAACAACUUAAUUGCAUACAUCUCGAAUCCACACGAUUAUAUUAUUACUAAUGAUGAAAAAUUAUUGUACACCCCGAGCGACGAACGUUUUUUAGACACCUGUAAGGUGCACCAAUUUCGAUAUUUUUGCAAAAGGAUAAACCCGAAAUAUUAUAUGAAAGCACACGACACUUGUCUGAGUAAAAUAGUAAACGAACCUCUAAAGUUGAACAAAAACGACUGUACUAUUAAAAUAGUCCACGUAACUCACACGAUGUGGGUUCAAUUUAAGAGUAAUAAUAAAUGGCUAUACACUGCACCAAAACCGGAAUCCAUUCGCAUAAUGUGUAAAGAGAACGUAGAAGAAAAAAUGAUAAACGGCACUAAAAUUCUUUGGAUAGAACAAGGAUGCAGUGCAGUAACCAAUGAUGCUAUACUAAAUUCACACAUCGAAAAGGAAUACGAGCAAAAUAAGGCAUUUACUCCCCUCAUCACUUAUAAUUUUAGCGAUCACUUCCAAGUAUUAGAGAAAUCAUUUUUUAACCUUAGUCUUGUUAGAAUUCAUACAAUUGAAACACCAGAUGUGAAAACAGGUGACCUCACCAAAUACGGAACUAAAUUGAGUGACCUUAGCAAAGAAAUAGACGAAAUUGGAAGUCAUCAAAGAACUAAAUCUUUUCAAGAAAAUUUAAUAACAUGGUUUUGGUACAUCUUAUAUGGGGUGGCUACGGUACUAAUAAUUUAUCUAACUUUUAAGUUAAGAAUCGUAAAAAUCUUGAAAUGUCUAUUAAACAAGGUAUCCAAUCUGUGUACUUCAUUGUCAAAUUACUUCUUGGAUCAACAGACUGAACGUAAUGCUUUUCGAAAUGACAUUUUUAUGGAAUCAAUACCAGAAGUCAACUCAGUAUCAAGUCUAGAAACGUUGCCAAAUAGACCUGUCAAAAUUAAACAUUCUUCUCAAACAACAAGGGGAAAUUUAAGACAUUCCAAUUUGCGCAUUUCAGAAUUUUGCGAUCAUAAUUAAGACAACUAGAAAUUAAAAGAGAAAUCCCUUAUUAUAAAAUUGUAAGUGGGAUUUCUCAUCUAUGGGUGGAGGUGUUAUGCCGGAGGUAUUUGGAUUUCACUAACAUCCGUUUUAUUUGAUAAGAAUUAGCUUAGGAAGCGUUCACACGGUUUUGUAGCUGUCUCAGCAAAAGUGACCGUGAGAGGCCGACCGUACUACGCUCGAUCAACGCACGUUACCCCCGCGCGAAGUAUACAUAAUAGCACGAAGGUAGAUUUUUUUAAGCGUGCGAAGUUCAGUUUUAAAACACUCCUUCGACUUGGUACGAUCUCGAGAGACGUAACCGACAAUAGCCGAAGUUCAGAACGAAAAACUUGUGAAUGUUUUAUGAAUCAGUGAAGAACAGUAAUAAAUUUAAGUUUUAAUAAAAAAAAAAACAAUC